AACUAGGGAGGAGUGUCACCUUUCACCCCGGCCCGCAGUUUCCACUUUGGUGAAAAGCAAUAUGGAGGACUAGGAAGUAAACGUAUGGGUUGCUAUGCAUUGAGGUUGUGGUUUGUUUUUAAGGAAGUCACCAUAUGAUUAUUUAACAUUUAUGAAAUCUAGUUUGCGGUGCUUGGUAAUGGGUAAUAUAUACUUAUUCAGGAAAUUAAAUUAAUUCUGAAGUGGUGCUUGUGGUGAAGGCAACUGCAUUUGGUAUGUUGCAGUCAUUACAAGUGAUUUGUAAAAGGGACGUGCUAUUGUCUUAGCUUUUUUGGGGGGGUUGUUUGGUAGUUACUGUAUAAACAGUAAGUGGAAAUCGACCUAAAAUCCUGGUUUGAAAACGCUUAUCAGUAUUUUACCGUUUUGUUAAGGGUACUUGUUUAGUUUCUAUCGUUCAAGCAGAAGCGUUGAGAAGUAUGUGAAGAUGGAGGCGUGUUCUGUCAACUUUUGAGUUUGUAUGGGUAUGCAGUCGAAUGGGGAGGUGUGCAAUAAGGGUUGUGUGGCAUCUGUUUGCCAUAGAACAUCCGAACUUUUGCUAAGUAGUUCUUAAUUUCUUACAUUAACGAAUUGGAUUGUGCCAUUAAUCAUGAUGCUUUCUGAACAAUCACAGAAGUGGUUUCCAACUCAUGUGCAGGUCACAGUUAUUCAAGCCAAAGAUCUCAAGCCGAAAGGCAAAAAUGGCACUAAUGACACAUACACUAUAAUUCAGUUGGGUAAAGAAAAAUAUUCUACCUCUGUCGCUGAGAAAACACUUAGCCCAGUGUGGAAGGAAGAAGCAUCCUUUGAGCUUCCUGGUGUGCUUCUUCAGAACAGCUCGGAGAAAUACAUUUUAAUACUAACUGUGAUGCAUCGAUCACUUGUGGGACUGGACAAGUUCCUCGGACAGGUAUCCGUUAACCUGAAUGAUCUCUUUGAGAAUAAGCAGAGAAGAAAAAUGGAGUGGUUUAAGUUGCAGUCCAAACCAGGUGCCAAAUCAAAGGAUAGAGGAGAACUGCAGGUCAACAUUCAGUUUAUGAGAAAUAACAUGACAGCAAGUAUGUUUGACCUUUCUGUGAAGGACAAGACACGCUCUCCAUUUUCCAAAUUGAAGGACAAAAUGAAAGGAAGAAAAAAUGAUGGAACAUUUUCUGAUACAUCAUCUGCAAUUAUUCCAAGCACAAACACAGCCAUCUCUGAUACCAGUGGUACUACUGCCAGUCUGGAGAGACAAAUCAAACUAAAGCCAAAAAAACCCUUUUUGUUAGGACCUCAACGACUUUCUGCUGCUCACUCAAUGUCUGAUUUAACUGCAAGUCAUCCUUCUGUGGAAAGAAUAAAGUCCAGUGCAGCUGGCCCUACACAGUUCUUUAGACCUCAGUUGGAUUCUGUGAACUCCAUUGAAGAAACUGGAAAUGCUAAAUCUCCUCAUAGAAGAUCAUUUAGCAUGGAUACUGCCAAAAUGAAUCAGAUUGACAGCACUUCUAAUGGAAGUGAUUCAGCUUUUGAUAGACAGAAUGAUCCGUUUGCAGAUGUGAGUAGUUCGUUGCCACAAAAAUUUGCAACUCUUCCAAGAAACAAAAAUCCUUUUGAGGACAGAAAUGACUUACUGGAGAGUAGCAGCAUAGGCAUAUCAUCUAAACAAAAUGAAAUCAAGAAAGAACCAAAAAAAGAAAAAAAGGAGAAAACCAGCCUUUUUGAAAGAGUAACAGGCAAAAAGGAUGGUAAGAAAUCUGAUAAACUCAGUAAUGGAAGAAUUGACAAUUACACUGAUUUAAAAUCUCCAACUCAGCUGAAUGACUCUCACCAGGAAAGUUAUGUAUAUGACUCAAAAAAUCCUUUUGCAACAAACUACAGGAACAUAAAUGCACGGUCAUGGUCGGGCCCCCCAUUAACGAAACCCCCAAGCAGUGAGGAUGCUAUGCCAGCAGCUUUGGCAGCUGACCAUAAACGUGGAGUUUCAGAGGUACAGCUGUCUGCUAAUAUAAGCAGAAAUAAAGAUAUCAGUAUGUUUGAGACAACUGCAGCAUACCAUAAUCUUUCCCAUGAGGAAGUGGUCCAGGAACUUGUGAAACACAAAGAGAUGCUUAAGAAAAAGGAUACCCAUAUUCGUGAACUUGAAGAUUAUAUUGAUAAUCUUCUUGUGAGAGUCAUGGAGGAAACUCCCAGUAUUCUCCGUGUGCCGUAUGAACCCUCAAAAAGAGCUGGCAAAUUUGCAAAGAGUAAAUAAGAAAAUUGUACUUAUGAUGCAAUAUUUGACACUCACUCACUCUUGUGAAGUAACAUGGGUGUGCCAGGAUAUAAUGAGCACUUGUUUCAGCAGCUUUCUUAACUGUUGCUGAUUCAUUUUAUAUUAAAGUUGAUGAAGGGCAGCUCCACUACUGGUUUUCCGAUGUGUUACCUUGCAGAAAGCAGUGCAAUAUUAAUAUUUCUAGAUAUAGGUACUUAUUGGUCUUACCUUCUUUCUGGAUGUUAGCACUUGCCAAAUGAAGGAAGUGAGACAUAUUGCAUGAAAGUGGUCUUUUCAGGACAAAAUAUGCAUACACCAUUUAGAUGGCAAAUUCAAUAUGCUGAUGGUACGUAAAAUUUUGAGAAUUGUGUAGCAGGAUUUUAAAACUUUUAAUUUGUAAAACAAGAACUCAGUAAAGGUUAAGCUGAGUUAUUGUUGUCCCAUCAUCUGCAAAUGUGAACUAUCCAAGACCUGAUCGGUAAGAUGUCCAUCUUGUCAAAAAGCAGGAACAUUCUCCAUUAUUGAAUUUCUUUUAUAAGUGCAGUAUAGUUAAUUACAGUCUUCAUUAAAUAAGGAAAUGUAUGGUAGCAACAUUUAAGUACUAUGUUGUUACCCUUUUUGAUAUCUGUGGCCAAAACAGUAAAGAAAAUCUGUAGCAGAAAGGAAAACUGCAAGAGUAAAGUGGUAGUAAACAUUACUAAUGCAGUGGAUGAAAAAAUGUAUGUGUGGAGUGUACAUAUAAGUUAUACAUUAUUUUCGGAACUCAUUUGUUUUAAAAUUGUGCAAUAAGUGACACUUCUACUCAUUCUGUUUUGAGUUGUAAGUUACAGUAGUAUGCAGUAAAAGUGUUAUAUGUUGUGUC